CCAAAAUGACAAAAAAACCUAAAUUUCGUAAUAAACGUUUUGAAAAUUUCUAAAAAAAUAAGCUAUGAAUGUUCAAAGUUCUGGGAAAAAUUGCCCGUUUUCAGCAAAAAAAAUAUUUUUUGCCAAAUUUUCGGUGUCAUAACGGCUGAUUCUUAAUUCUGAUUGAAGAAUCAUUCUUUAAUCAAUAUUGUGAUAGUUUAUUACGCAUUUAUUCGUUGAUUAAAGUACAUUUUUGGCCAAUGGGGCACAAAUAAAGGUUACAUUUUUGUGCCCCACUGACUGAAAAUUUUUAGAUAUUUUCUAACCGUCUCAUUACAAAAUUCGGUAGGUUUGGGUCAUUUUGGGUCUAAAAAAGCAAAGUUUCAGAUUUCGGUAGUCCACUUUUAAUUUUCGUACUAAUAAUCUUUGAAAGAAAUAAUUAGUGGUGUUUUCCAGAAUUUUUCAAACUUGUCGCAAAAUUCCGAUCUUCCAAACCGCAUAAUUCCAAAAAGUUCUUACACCUGAUUCGGUCGGAAAGUGGAUAAACAUGUUGAACGAGAGUGACCUUUCAAUUGGAAACUUCUACGAUGCAAAAAAUAAACGAUGCGGGAGAACUUGCCAAACACAGCGUCGUUGUUACGACUUUUGAUACGAUCAAAACUCUGAUGAACUUUCAAACUCUGCAGAAAAUAUCAUUCGAAAGAAUAAUUAUUUAUGAUGCGUAUCCGAUCGAUAAUACGGACACACAAAGAUACAAAGCUUUGCGACAACUUGACGCCACCUACCGCUGGGUUCUAACGGGGAAUCUUCUUCAACAAAAUUUGGCAAACUUCCUCAAACUUGGCGAGUAUGGGGACGAUCAACUCUGGGACACUCAAAUUUGUCCCAUUCUGGAAGGAAAACAGUGCGACGAGAAAACAGAGCUCUCCAAAAAAAUCGAAAAUCUUUUGAAAAGUGUGGAGUUGAAGUUUCCAUUGGAAAAUUAUCGAGAAAUGGAGGUGGGAGCCGACGACAGCCAGUAGACAUUGACAGUCAAUCGUUGAUGGUGGCCAACUCCUCCAAAAUCUAUCUGAUUUUACAACUUUGUCGUAUAUCCCUUCCCCGAAGUUUAUGUGCCCUUUUGAUAUGCCUCCAUCCUAUUCAUGUUGGAAUUAUUUAAAAAACAGUUCAGUUGAAAAAUAAAUGUUGUCUCAAUCAGG